AUGUUGUGGAAGCUGUUAACACCGUUAAUUCUCAUCAUUUGCAUUGAUAUUUCCAUUGCUCAUCCUGGAAGAUUUAAACGUAAUGGAUUCACUAACAAUUAUGGUUAUGGUCCAUUUGGUGUAGGACCUUCAAAUGGUGGUUUCGAUAGUUUCGGAUAUUACAGAGACAAAUUCUACAAUAGUGGUCUGCCUCCUCUAUACACUCAUUCAGCAUACCGUAACUACUAUCACGAAAUAUCGUUCCAUAAGAAUAAAUACGGGUUGCCAGCUCCUACUAACUUCGAAAUCGUCCAACAAGAACGAUUUGGACCCUUCUACAAUGGAGUUUGGGGAUAUAAUGAUCAUUCUGCCGAUUGGUUUGGAAAGUAG